CUCGUUAGCUACAGAGGGGAACCACCCAGCCGGAGAGCUGGGGCGGCUGGCUUUCUGCCUCUUUCCUCCUCCCUCAGCUUCCCACAGAUACAAGCGAGCUGAGCUGAAUUGUUAGAUUUGCCAUCAGUAGGCUUUAAAGUGAAGACAGAGAGAGGACGUCUUCCAAUCUACAGCUUGGGGCCAGUGAUGCAAGCAGUCAAGGACACUAUCUCAAUGUCUGGGCUUCACUAGUCACUCUGGCACUUCACUGCUAACCUUGGCAAAUUAAUCCACGUGGGAAUGUGCCUGCAGAGUGGAAGCACACCAGUCCAAUCUGUUUAUAGUUCAGCUGCUGGGGAGGAAAGAACAGGUCCCUAAGCAGUAAUAAGAAGUAUGGAGCCACAAAAGAAUCUGCUGGAGAUGCCCUUUGAUGCAUUGCUGUGACGGUGUUGGAUUGUAGGCUCCCUUAUUCCUGAGUGGCUGGGUGUGGUUUUGAAAUCCACAGGGAAUGCUUGCAUGCUUUUGGGAUGAAAAGGCAGCACUGAUGUACAAUAAGGCCAUGUAUCUUACUGGGAAUUGGUAACUCAUCCCAAGUCAGGCUUGCCACCAGCAUGCCUUUGUCAGGGAAAACAAAGCACCAGAAGCACCAGCGCCCAAAUUCUCUUAGAGGACAGAAGCCAGAAAAGCAGGAUGAGAGCUUUAGGUCUAAGAGCUUGCCAGUGCUGAAUGGGUCUGUGCCAUGGAUUAAUACCACACAAAGUUCUCUCAUUGCAGCCAAAAGGAAUUUCUUACAGAGUUUCCAGGGGGCCUCUGGUCAGAGAUGUUGCCUUGACCCUGACACAUCAGCACAUCCCAACAAUGUUGCUGCUGCUAGUGCUUCUUCCAGGACGAUGUUGUCUUUUACAGCUUCAAGCUUUUCAAGAAUUGGGAGUUUCACUGAAAGAACAGACUGCAAUAACUCUGCUGGCAUGAGUAAAGGUGUUUCAUCGGCUUCCACACUGCUAGCAGUCCCUGGUAGAAAAUAUCUUGACAUACUAUUGACAGACUCCCGCUUCUUUUUGGUGUGUAUGUGCCUCCUGACUUUCAUCCAGUCCCUAAUGGUUUCUGGCUACCUGAGCAGUGUUAUCACCACCAUUGAGAGGAGGUACAGUCUGAAAAGCUCAGAGUCUGGGCUGCUGGUCAGCUGUUUUGAUAUUGGCAGCUUGCUGGUAGUGGUAUUCAUAAGUUACUUUGGGGGGCGAGGACGAAGGCCUCUGUGGCUUGCUGUUGGUGGUCUUUUUAUUGCUCUCGGGGCUGCCAUAUUUUCUUUACCUCAUUUCAUCUCUCCACCAUAUCAGAUCCAGGAGUUGAACUCCUCUGUGUCUAAUGACGGCUUAUGCAUGACUGGCAAUAACACAGCCAAAGACCAUGUGGAGUCGCCGGCCUGUAUCAAGGAUUCAGGUGGAAAUGACCACUCACUCUACGUAGCUUUAUUUAUUUGUGCCCAAAUUCUCAUUGGCAUGGGCUCCACACCCAUUUAUACUCUGGGACCAACCUACUUGGACGACAAUGUCAAGAAAGAGAACUCCUCGCUCUACCUAGCCAUCAUGUAUGUAAUGGGAGCUCUUGGUCCUGCAGCAGGAUAUUUAUUAGGAGGAGUUCUUAUUGGGUUUUAUGUGGAUCCUCGAAGUACUGUUUAUAUUGACCAGAGUGACCCUCGUUUCAUUGGUAACUGGUGGAGUGGAUUCCUUCUUUGUGCCACCACAAUGCUCCUUGUUAUACUCCCAAUGUUUACUUUCCCCAAAAAGCUUCCACCUCGACAAAAGAAAAAGAAGAAGCACUCUGAUGAUAUUUCAAGUGAUGAUGAUAUUGUGAAGGAGAAAGCAAACAGUAAAAGCCAGGUAGACCAGGAAGUUCCUGCUUCAAUGGGAUUUGGAAAGAAUGUAAGAGAACUUCCAAGAGCAGCUGUCAGGAUCUUAAGCAACAUGACAUUCCUUUUUGUGAGUUUGUCAUACACAGCUGAGAGUGCUAUCGUUACUGCUUUUAUUACCUUCAUUCCCAAGUUUAUCGAGUCACAGUUUGGCCUCCCAGCUUCCAAUGCCAGCAUCUAUACUGGUGUGAUUAUUGUUCCAAGUGCUGGCGUUGGUAUUGUCCUAGGGGGCUACAUUAUAAAAAAGCUCAAACUCGGUGCAAGAGAGUCUGCAAAGCUGGCAAUGAUUUGCAGUGGUGUGUCUCUGUUGUGCUUUUCAACACUCUUCAUUGUUGGUUGUGAAAGCAUUAAUCUAGGAGGGAUAAAUAUACCAUAUACCACAGGUCCUACUCUCACCAUGACACAUAGGAAUCUGACGGGUAGCUGUAACGUCAAUUGUGGCUGCAAAAUCCAUGAAUACGAACCUGUGUGCGGGUCAGAUGGAAUCACUUAUUUCAACCCUUGCCUGGCCGGUUGUAUCAGCAGUGGAAAUCAUAGCAUAGGGAUAAGAAAUUAUACAGACUGUGCCUGUGUCCAAAGCCGCCAAGUCAUCACACCACCGACAGUUGGACAGCGCAGCCAGUUAAGAGUGGUGAUCGUCAAAACAUAUCUCAACGAGAACGGUUAUGCAGUGUCCGGGAAAUGUGAUCGAACCUGCAACACACUCAUCCCAUUCCUUGUUUUUCUCUUCAUAGUUACGCUUAUCACAGCAUGUGCCCAGCCAUCAGCAAUCAUAGUAACACUCAGGUCUGUGGAAGAUGAUGAGAGGCCUUUUGCACUUGGAAUGCAAUUUGUUUUAUUAAGAACCCUUGCAUACAUUCCUACUCCAAUUUAUUUUGGAGCUGUCAUUGAUACCACCUGCAUGCUGUGGCAACAGGAAUGUGGUGUGCAAGGCUCCUGUUGGGAAUAUGAUGUGACAUCAUUUCGUUUUGUCUACUUUGGCUUAUCAGCUGGUCUCAAAUUCAUUGGAUUCCUGUUCAUUUUUCUUGCCUGGUAUUCCCUUAAGUAUAAAGAAGAGAAAAUGCAGAGGCAGAUGUGGAGGGGUUCGCCUAUCAACACAGUGAGCGAAACAGUGGGUAACACCGGAACUCAACAGAACUAUGCACGGACUAGAUCCUGUCCCACCUUUAGCUCUCAAGGCGAGCAUGCUGGUGAUACUGAUAUGAGUACAGGAAUGAAUUACGUAGCACAGACCUAUCCUGGCCCCCUUACAGAAGCAAUAAAUACCUCAGUUGAGGAGGCUUUAGAAGAAGCCACUCCUGAGAUAGAGGGCCCUCCUUUUUGGCAACCUCAAAUUUAGUUUGUUGGUAAAUUUUAAGUACGGGGCCUUUGAAACACCUGUGCCUUCUUUUUCUUAACACAAUCUACAGCAGAUGAUAAACCAACAAAACUUAAUGCAUAGAGCCAUGGCAUAUCUGAGGGCUGGAUACCUCAAAACAACCCAGGUAACUCUUCCUUCCCUUUGGGGAAUAGAGUUUUAAAGUAUGUUUGUAAAGUGCUUGUUAAAUCCCCAUGUUCCUGGCAAGUGUUGCAAUGGUCAGAGAUCCUAAACUGCAAAAAAGCAUACGAGUCCUCACGGAAAUGUAUAUCACUGGUGUCAAAAUGCUGGCGUAAUGCAGC